CACAAGUAAACAAGUGCCUUUUCUUCAGAUCCCGUCACCGCGGGCAAGCCCUAACCUGUCUUCCCUCUGUUCGGUCGCUCUUCCAGAGAUCCAUCCAUGGCUUCUUCUAGGGUUCUGUCCCCGCGCCUCUGGUCCCGGCUAUCUCCCCUCCUCCGCGCCGCCGUCCCCGUCACCCGUCAUUCUCCGCCGCCUGACCCCCCACUUCUCCUCCGGCCGUUUCCCACCCCUCCGCCGCCUGCCUCCCCCGCCGCCCUCUUCCUCCGACACCUCUCUACGGUCUCCCGCCGGCAUCCAUCCCGGUCCCACACCGUCGACAUCGGCGCCCGAGCCCGGCAGCUACAGAACCGCCGCCUCUGGACCUACGCUCUGACCUUCAGCUGCGUCGCGGGGUUCAUCGUCAUCGUCCUCAGCAACUUCCAAGAUCAGCUCGUCUUCUACAUCACCCCAUCCGAUGCUAUGCAAAAGUUCGCCGCCAACCCUUCCAAGAACCGCUUCCGCCUCGGUGGCCUCGUCCUCGAGGGCAGCGUCGUCCAGCCCACCCCCACCUCCCCCGAGAUUGAGUUCGUCAUCACCGACCUCGUCACUGACAUCCUUGUCCGCUUCGAGGGAUCCCUUCCCGACCUCUUCCGCGAGGGCCACUCCGCUGUCGUCGAGGGUUUCUUGAGGCCCUUGAACGAAUCUGGUCGGUCGGCUCCUCUUGGAUCAGUGGUAUCGGAGAAGGCGAGGAGCGGAGAGUGUUUCUUCAAGGCAACCGAAGUGCUGGCGAAGCAUGAUGAGAAGUAUAUGCCCAAGGAGGUUGCAGAGGCGAUCGAGAGGAAUAAGAAGAAGAUCAAGGCGGAAUCUAAAGCAAAAGCCGCUGAGAAGACAAGUUGAGAUUGCUUCGCAACUCCAGGUUGAUUUAGACGUCAAAUUUUUUGAAUUAUUGAGUUAAUUUUAGGUUGGUGGUUACCAACGGAUACGAAAAAUCCAAUUUUUAUUAUGAUUAUUAUGCGGCUUUACAUUGGUGUAACCUGGAACCGAUCAACACAUGGAUCCCAACAGUCAGGUUGAGAAUAAUACGAAGGGGACUAUAAGCAUGGUAUAGUUUAGUACUUUAUGAUUUAUGUGUCCGAUUUGCUGUAGUUUAGUUCAUUAAUAAUCGUAUUGAAUUGUCCGAGA